UGGCAUUUCCGUAACUACGGCAGCCGGAAAGGACCAACCCGGUCGUGUCCCACGUGCUUUCACAGUUUGUUGUCAUUCAUAAUAAACGGCUGUUAUCGUUGACUUGAGUCCCGAUAAGUUUGUUUAACUUGCUUGUAUCAUUCGCUUAAAAUGAACUCCAAGACAAACGGAGAAGAAGACGAAGAUUGUUUGUUUCUUGAACACGUCUUGGAUAAACUUUAUGACUUUGGUAACGGGCCAGCAUCAAAAAAGAAGCUAAAGUCUCAGAAGAAGAAAAAACAAAAAACAUAUGAGGAAGAGGAGGAAGAAGAGUUCCCUACAGUCAAGGAUAUCUGCAGUGACACUGAAGACAACAGAGCAGCUCAUGUUGGUACUGAACAUCAGCAGAAACAACCAAAGACUGAACAAACAGGUCCAACUUUCCGGCAGGUGAGCCAGGUGGAGGUAGUGACAUUUCAGGACCCCACAAAGAAACGGAAAACCAAGCAGACGCCAGCCCCAGACAAAAUGCCUGCCCUUCAGAUAACUGAGAAUAUGGAAAGCGACCAGCUAGAAGAACUCAAUUUGGAAAAGGCUCGUCUUGAGGUCCAUCGGUUUGGAAUCACAGGCUAUAAGAAGGAGCAGCAGCGUGUAUUUGAGCAGGACAGAGCGGUCAUGCUGGGGGCCAGACCUCCUAAGAAGGAGUAUGUCAACUACAAGAUGCUGCAGCAGAAGAUCAAAGAGAAGAAGCAGAAAGCAAAGGAGGAGGUUCAGCCGGACCUGAAGAAAAAGAAGAAGCCGAGUAAUCAAAGGGACAAGAAGAAGAAGGUGUCCUCUGGUUCUGGCACGGCCCCCACAGGUCAGGUGGGCCGCUUCAAGAACGGCAUGCUGGUCCUCAGCUCCAAGGAGAUCCAGAAAAUCAAAGGCAACAAGCGACGCAAAUAGGUGUGGGUGAGCAAUUAAAUCCUCCAGGAUGGGAAAAUAUAAGCAGACCAGAGGAAGAAGUGGUAUCAAAGACUCCAUCAGUGACUCAGCUUACGGCAGGACUGUUGUAUGAGGAAGUGGACAAGAGCUGAAUACAACGUGAGCUGUAAGGCUGAUCUCCAGAGGAGAUGUCACUGGUCUUCAGUAAAAUAUGGGAGUCUUACUGGUGACAGACUGCUGAAUCAAGAAUCCAAUUUAUCGAUCUCCAAAAUGGACCCUGAAUGUACCGUGUGGCCGGACGUUAAUGCACAAAACGGGAGACUUUGUCAAAUCAUAUUCCAUCACAAGUAAUUUAUUUUGUUUUAUAAAUGACCAAAAAAAAGAA